AUGAAUGAAGAUUUUCUUGUCCGUCCAGAUUUCGACAAGUUUGGCAGCUACAGCACAGCAGAUAGAAGGUACGCUUCAGUGUCUCUUUUUGUUUCUAAUUUCCUCUCUCUCCAUUUUUUAUUUUUUUUAAAGUUGAAAGUUCUCAGGUCCCUAGAUGACACCACACAUUUUGUGGCCUGCAUUCUGAGUGUCAGCAUUUCCCCAUUCCAGCAUUGCCUCACCUUGUGGUUACACCAUCUUGGUCCAGUUUUGUUAAUCUCAGCAAGCAGCUUCAGGAGUAACCUCCACAUCUUAUCACUUUCUUUGCUUAGACGCUACCUCAUCUUAGAGUCCCAGAGUGAGAAACUAUAUUUUCUUAGCUCGUUUCAUCUUUGCAACAGCUCUGGGGUAUUUCCUAUUUGAGCUCUCUGAGGUCUGAACUCGGGAUUAUCAGGUUUAAAGCCAGCACUGUCUGACUCUCUGAAACUUCACAGAAGCAGUGAGUUUCCUGAAGGACAGGCUUGCCAAUUUUUUUCAGUCAACCACCUUUAGCAGUAUGUGCGGACAGGGCCGGCCCACCCUCCGAGGGUCUUCUGCUGGUGAGAAGCAAAGUUACAGGGAACCAGGCAGAGGGCCUUCUCGGUAGUGGCACCCGCCCUGUAGAACGCCCUCCCAGCAGUUGUCAAGGAGGUAAAGAAUUACACAACUUUUAGAAGACAUCUGAAGGCAGCCCUGUAUCAGGAGGUUUUUUAAUGCUUGAUGUUUUUAUUAUGUUUCUAGAUAUGCCGUAAGCCGCCCAGAGUGGCUGGGUAAACCCAGCAAGACGGAUGGGGUAUAUAUACUACUACUACUACUACUACUAUUAUUAUUAUUAUUAUUAUUAUUAUUAUUAUUAUUAUUAUUAGACAGUGAGGUGAGGUGACCACCUCGGGUUGUGACAGGAUCCAUAGGGGUAGCAGAUCCCGAUGGAGAUCUUUAUUCCAUCCUUGCUCCUGGUGUGAAUCUUCGUUCACCCCUUCUUCCCUAGUGGGGAGGGGGCGCCAUUUUGUGGUUCACCUCAGGUGCCAAAACGUGUGCAGGUAUUAGUAGGUGAUCACGUUUAUUUUCAAAAGUUUCACAGUCUGUAGUUGGCUAAUGUUAAAAGGCACAAGAAAAGGCUGGGAUUCUUUUGACCAGCUACCCAAACCACUGAAGGACUUUCCUGUGAGGAAUUAUUCUUUGCUGGGGGCGUUUCUAGAAAAGACACAGCUACCUUCCUGGAACCUGAGACAACAGCUCCAUAUAACUGCUGUGGACCUCAUACUUUCUAGGGACCAUUGCACAGCUGGGUUCAGCAAAGACGUCCAGCAGCAGACAGCGAACAGCUUGCAUUUUCAUUACGGAGCUGCCUUUGUGUACAUUAAGGGCAGGGGUUUGUGUGGUGGGUUGCAGCUCCUAUGUGUGUUUGCGUUUGAGAAAGAGAUUUAUUGCAUACUUGUAUCAGAGGGGAGUGAGAGGGUCUGCUUUGUGUUCUAUUUUUUAUUUGAGUGGUUUUGGAGAAGGGAGAGCAUGCCAUAGCGCAUAGCUUGCAGCACUCAGGAUGACGACAGCAGGACUUUGCGUGCCUUUUUAUCACUGCUGCCGACAGGGCUAAAAAUGAUUGCCUGAGCAACUGACACGCUAAACCCCCAUCAGUUCACAUCAAAUCCAGAGAAACAGGAUUUAUUGGGACCGGGGAGAGAAAUCUUCCCAGGCUGCAUCUGUGCAACAUUGAAGGCCAUCAUGUGGGUCUUGGGUCAGGAAACAGAGAGCCUCCUACUGUGGAUGUAACAGACCAUAUUUUUGGCUGCCCACUUAGUUGUUGUCCUUUUAGGGGCAUCUUAGAAGAUCUCUGGCCCCAUGUGGAAGAAAUUAAAUAAUGGUGCGAGAUGAAAUCCCAGAUUGCCUCACAGAUGCAGUCCCAGAAUGCUUCACAGGCAGAAGCAGUAAAAGGUAAAGGGACCCCUGACCAUUAGGUCCAGUCACGGAUGACUCUGGGGUUUUGGCGCUCAUGUCACUUUAUUGGCCAAGGGAGUUGGCAUACAGCUUCCGGGUCAUGUGGCCAGCAUGACAAAGCCGCUUCUGGAGAACCAGAGCAGCGCACGGAAACGCCGUUUACCUUCCCGCCGGAGCAGUACCUAUUUAUCUACUUGCACUUUGUUUUUUUUGUUUUUUUAAAUAUUUUUAUUGGUUUUUAACAUACAAAAUUAUAAAACAUACCACACAAUUUAUCACAAAUACAUUCUUAUUGGACUUCCAUCAGCACCUCUGAUUAUCCUCCAUCUUAAUCACUUCUUACCCAUUUCCUAACUUAAUAUUGCCUUUACAUUCUGAACAUAUCACGUCUCCUUCUCCAUUUUUGCAAUAUUUCUAAUAUUAUUCCUCACAGAACUUCUUGCAAACCUACAAACGUCGUCUGGUCGUCACAAAUACUUUUCAAAUAAUCUGUAAAUUUACUCCAGUCCUCGGUAAACUUCUGGUCCCGCCAGUUUCAGAUCCUUCCUGUUAGUUUGUCAGGUUCCGCAUAGUCUAUUAAUUUCAUCCUCCAUUCUUCCAUUGUUGGUAAUUCUUCUUGCUUCCAUUUUUGGGCCAAUAUCUACUUGCACUUUGACGUGCUUUCGAACUGCUAGGUUGGCAGGAGCUGGGACAGAGCAACGGGAGCUCACCCUGUCACGGGGAUUUGAACUGCUGACCUUCUGAUUGGCAAGUCCUAGGCUCUGUGGUUUAACCCACAGCACCACACAAAUAGGCGUCGAACCCAGGAGUCCUGUCCCAUUUCUCAAAGCACCGCUCCUUUACAGAAAAGGAGGGAAGAUGUGCUUCCCAUGGUUUCUGUUAUGUACUGGGCCAGCAGGGGGAUACUGUAGAUAGUUAUGCAAAUGAAGGAUCGAAAGUGACGUUCAGUGAUUGGAUAGUUUGUAUGCAAAUGAAGGAUCGAAAGUGACAUUCAGUGAUUGGAUAGUUUUAGAAAAUGGCAACAGUUACAUUGUUCUGGAGCUCUAUAUAAGCAGGCUGUCUGAGCUCCCCAGUUAGUUCUGUUCUGCCUCUGAAUAAAGAAGAGCUGUUUGAAGAAUCGCUGUGUCGUCUGAUAUGUUCACCCACAACUUAACACUGGCGACGAGGAUGGGAUCGAUGGACAUCAGAGCACAGCCAGAUGCAGCCACCCUCCAAGCAGAGCUGAAUCACUGAGCUGAGUCACUGAACAGAACCAAUUCAGAGCUGACUGUUCUGGCUAGAGCACGGUGUUCCAUCCAUCGCCCUCCACGCCGGCAUCGGAAUCAUGGCUUCACUUGUGCCUCUACCGCUGUUUGCAUCAGCCUCUGAAUCAUGGGACUCCUACCUCGCUCAGUUCGUCUGCUACCUCCAAGCCAAUGAGCUGACAAAAGUAUCAAAGGAGCGGAAGCAGGGCCUAUUCCUCAGCCUCUGUGGGCCUGAGGUGUUUAAGACGGCCCGAGCAUUGGUUGCGCCUGAAGCAGUCCAGGCAACACCAUGGGACACUAUCCAAGAGAAGCUCCGCAAACACUACGCUCCAAAGCCGUCCAAGAUUGCUGCCCGCCAUGCGUUCUACCACCGGAACCAGGCAGAGGGGGAGUCAAUCAACAACUACACCACCGCUCUCCGGCAGGCUGCAAUGCACUGCGAGUUCUGAGACUUAGACGAUGCCCUGAUGGAUUGAAUCGUCUGCGGGGUCCGGAACAUCCGUCUGCAACGGCGUCUCCUCGCCAAGCCAGACCUCACGCUGCAGAAAGCCAUUGAGGAGGCUGUGGCCUCGGAAGCUGCUGAACGCUCCGCCCAAGAGAUCCGCGAGGCCAGCAGCCCGCGUCUUGCUAGGAAGCCAGUUCCAGUGCAUCAUGAAGAGGCCAGCAGUGAUGAGGCAUCCUCCAGUGAUGACGAUGACGUGCACCAGACAAAGCGGGAGCGCAGGAAGUUCCAACAGAAGUCCAAGGGCCAACCGGAAUGUGCCAGCUGCGGAGGCAACCAUUCCCGUGCCAAGUGUCGAUUCAGAGAUGCCAUCUGUCGGACGUGUUCCAGAAGGGGCCACAUCGCUAAGGUCUGCUGAUCGGCUCCGUCUGACACCCCCCUUUCACCGACUCGCAAGUCCAAGUCUUCACUCCAGUCUGCCAAGGAAAGCUGUUUCGCUCUCACCAACUGCCGCUGCCCGUCUGGAACCACGAUUGGCCAAACCGACUCGCCUACGCGACGCAAGCUGAACGUCAUGGUUCUCAUUGAAGGAGCUCCAUGUGACAUGGAGAUCGACACCGGGUCUACCCUGUCCAUCGUGUCUUGGAGCACCAUCAAAAGACUGGUACCCAGAGUGUCCAAAAGGCAACUCGACUCUCACCGCGUACACCUGAGAGACUACCAGGGAAACGACAUUCCCGUGGUAGGCGUUGGCCAGUUCCGGAUCGCCUUAAAGGAUUUUUUGGGCCUGCUCCGACUGGUGGUGGUCGAAGGUCAACGGCCAAGCCUCCUAGGGCUAAACUGGUUUGAUUCCCUCGGCCUGGAAGUCACCGGCAUCAACAGCAUCUCUAACGCAGAGACUGAGGGUCUGGUCAAAGACUUUGCCGAGGUUUUUGACGGCACUUUGGGGCAAUAUACAGGUACGCCCAUCUCCUUUAGCCUUGAUCCACAAGUUGCCCCCAUCAAGCUAAAGCCACGCCAGGUUCCCUUUGCUCUCAAGGCUAAGGUGGACGAACAACUGGACAAGCUGAUCGCCCAAGGAGUUUUGGAGCCGGUUGACCACGCCAAGUGGGAAGCCCCCAUCGUCACGCCUGUCAAGCCAGACGGGUCGGUGAGAAUCUGCGCUGACUACAAGUGCACGAUCAACAAGACACUUCAGCAGCACACUUAUCCUGUUCCUGUUGUCCAACACCUGCUGCAUUCCCUGGGUGAGGGUAAGGUCUUCGCUAAGCUGGACCUUGCCCAAGCCUAUCAACAACUGCCCGUUGAUGAUGCCACUGCUGAAGCCCAGACGAUCGUCACCCACCGGGGGCAUUCCGUUGCCGCCGGUUGCAGUUCGGGGUGAGUGUGGCUCCUGGCAUCUUCCAAAGCCUUAUGGAGCGUCUCCUGCAAGGGCUUCCGGGCGUGGUACCAUAUUUUGAUGAUGUCUUGGUGUCCGCAGACUCACACCAGCAGCUGUUCAAGUGCCUCCGUGCCGUGCCGUGCUGACCAGGUUCCAGGAGGGAGGUAAAGAGGGAGAAGUGCCAGAUCGCCGUUCCACAGGCCUCUGGCCUUCACCCAACCACAUCCAAGAUCUGCGCUAUCCAGCAGGCCCCCAUCCCAAAGAACAAGAUGGAGUUGCAGGCGUUCCUGGGGCUGCUGAACUUUUAUAACAUGUUCCUGCCCCACAAAGCCACGGUGGCUGAGCCUCUUCACCGACUCCUCAGCAUAAAGACGCCUUGGUCCUGGGGUCAUCGGGAGACGGCGGCCUUCCACACGGUCAAGGCUCUCCUUUCAUCGGACAGUGUGCUAGUACAGUACAGUGAAGCCAGGCCGCUGGUCCUUGCCUGCGACGCCUCACCUUUUGGCAUCGGCGCUGUCCUUAGUCACCGUUUUCCAGACGGAAGAGAAGCACCGCUCGCCUACUUUUCCAGGACACUAUCUCCAACGGAACGGAAUUACAGCCAGCUCGACAAAGAGGCACUGGCACUUGUGGCUGGAGUGAAGAGGUUCCAUGCCUCUACGGCAGGACUUUUGACCUCAUCACUGACCACAAGCCGCUCCUGGGCCUCCUCGCCGGUGAUCGUCCAACUCCACCGGUCCUCUCGCCGCACAUGCUACGAUGGACUGUUUUCCUGGCUGCCUACCACUACCGGCUCGUCCAUCGCCCAGGGAAAUCGAUGGGCCAUGCCGACACCCUCAGUCGUUGCCCUCUUCCAGCGUUUGUGGAAGAUCCUGCUCCUGCUUCAUCGCUCCUCCUGAUUGAGGAUCUUCCAGCAGCGCCUGUAUCGGCUGACACUAUGGCCUCCGCAUCUGCCCAGGAUCGCACCAUCAGCCGUGUGCUCAACUGGGUGUGGAGGGGGUGGCCACAAGGGCCUUUUGCAUUAGAGUUCCAACCGUUCGCAACCAGACAACAUGAACUCUCGGCUCAUCGCGGCUGUCUGCUGUGGGGAGACCGCGUCGUGAUUCCCCAAAGACUCCGUCAACGUGUCCUGGAGGCUCUGCACAUUGGCCACCCGGGAAUCGUCAAAAUGAAGGCGUUGGCUCGGUGUUACGUCUGGUGGCCCUAACAUGGACGAUGCCAUCACUGCCUGGGUGUCCGCCUGUCAAGCGUGCCAAGAAUCAAGGCCUGCACCACCGGCAGCUAAGGGACACACCUGGGAGACGCCCAAGACACCCUGGUCGAGGGUGCACAUCGAUCUGGCUGGCCCCUUUCACGGCCGGACCUUUAUGGUAGUGGUGGACGCCUAUUCCAAAUGGCUGGAGGUGGCCCUGAUGCCCUCCACCACUACCGAGGCCGUCAUCCGGGUGCUGCGAGGCCUCUUUGCGACGCAUGGGUGUCCUGAUGUCCUUGUCUCCGACAAUGGACCGCAGUUCACAUCAGGCACUUUUGAGCGGUAUCUUUUGGGACUGGGCAUCCGCCAUGCCCUAACGGCACCAUUUCAUCCAUCCAGCAACGGGCAAGUGGAGAGGAUGGUGCGCUCAGCAAAAGAGGCACUGGCGCACCUGGACCGGGGAGAUUGGCACGAGCGGGUCGCCGAAUACUUGUUCGUGCAACACAUCACCCCUCAUGCGGCCACAGGGCGGAGUCCUGCUGAACUGCUUAUGGGCCGCCGCCUCAGGUCCCCGCUCAACCGGCUGCACCCGGACUUUGCAGUGGCCAAACCCCCAGGCUGUGCCAACGCGCCACGGUCAUUUGUUCCAGGAAACCAGGUCUUUGCCCGGAACUAUGUGGGGGACAUUCCUUGGGUGCCAGCCACAGUAGUGGGAGUCACUGGACCUCGCUCGUACCAGGUGGCACUCGAAGAUGGACGCUUGUGGCGCCGGCACAUAGACCAGCUUAGGCACAGGGUUGGGGACUUGGACACUACCGUGGUGCCCCCAACUGCGCUCGUGGCUCCGGAAGAGACACUUACAGAUGGUGAGGCUCCACCUCUCUCGCAAACUGCCAGCGUGGAGCCGAACCAAGCCACUGCAGAGGGUCUGCCAGACUUACCACAGGCUCAGACCACUCCACUUGCGAAGGCUCCACCCACAGCAGCGGAUCCAGGGGACUUGGUUUCAAAGCCACCUAGGGUCGCACCACAGCCUCAGCAAGAAUUGGGUGGCCCCCCGGACUUGGCUACCAGUCCCCGGCGGUCUGGCAGAGUUUCCAAGUGCCCAACUUAUUUAAAGGACUAUGUUGUUGGACAUGUAUCACUGUUGGUCUAA